CGUAUUCACACUGAAUGCGUCGCCGCACUCGCGGCAUUCUGCAAGUCAACGCAACACAUGAGCGAGGAUAACCUAAUAUGAUAUAACAAUAAAAUCGUCACAAAAACCCCCAAAAGUGAAAUUGUAAACAUAAUUUCUCUUAUCUUUGUAGUACAUAUUGGUAUAUACUAAUUUGUGUGAGAAUUAUGGAGGCCUACCGACAGCGUUAUCGAAAAAAAAUUAUUAGCAUGAUACUACUUCAUAGACAAAUGAAAUAUGUAUAUGAAAAACAUGAAACGUCUCGCCGAUUCUGGAUGCGUCCCAUACUUCAAACGAAACGAAGUCAUGAGAAUUGGGAACAUUUGAUACAGGAACUCCGUUUGUAUGAUACUGAAACUUACUUCAAUUUUAUGAGAAUGACACCAGAAACUUUUGAAGAAAUUCUUUCUUUGGUUGGACCACAGCUCAUGCGACAAACAACACAUUUAAGAGAGCCAAUAUGUGCAGAAGUUCGAUUAUCAUUCACAAUUCGAUAUUUAGCUACUGGAGAUUCCUUGAAAUCAUUGGCUUUAGCCUUCAGAAUUGGGAUAUCUAGUGCAUCUAAAAUUAUUCGAGAGACAUGCAGAGUAAUAUGGUAUAGCAUGCAAGAAGUAUUCUUAACACCCUCUCAAGAAAAUUGGCUAGACAUUCAUAAAAAGUUUGCACUACGUUGGAACUUUCCACAUUGUGUGGGCGCAUUGGACGGGAAGCAUGUUGUCAUUACAGCUCCAGCGAAUUCUGGAUCAUCGUUCUAUAAUUAUAAAGGACAGCACAGUAUCGUGCUAAUGGCUUUAGUAUCGGCAGAUUAUAAGUUUCUUGGUAGAUAUAGGAUCUCUAUGGUAGAUAUAGGAGCUCAGGGCCGCCAGUGA